AUGGCCGCUUCCUCCGCGCGGCCCGCCAUUCUGGCCCUCACGUGGCUGGUGUUGCUCCUGCUACUCUGCCUGGGCCCAGGUGGCAUAAGUGGAAAUAAACUCAAGCUGAUGUUUCAAAAACAGGAAGUGUCUCCUACAACAAAGACUAAAGUGGCUGUUGGUGAGAGCAAAGCAAAAGAAUUCUUGAGCAGCCUGAAACGCCAGAAACGGCAGCUGUGGGACCGGACUCGGCCAGAAGUGCAGCAGUGGUACCAGCAGUUCCUCUACAUGGGCUUUGAUGAAGCUAAAUUUGAAGACGAUAUCACCUACUGGCUGAACAGAAAUCGAAAUGGGCAUGACUAUUACGGUGAUUACUACCAACGUCAUUACGAUGAAGAUGCUGCAAUUGGCCCGCGUAGCGCCUACAGCUUAAGGCACGGAGCCAGUGUCAACUACGACGACUACUAA